AUUACAUCAUCGUAAUGAUUCCAACAGCUUACAAGGAUAAGACUUUAUUUGUCACUGGCAGCACAGGAUUUUUAGGCAAAGUAGUGCUUGAGAAACUGCUAUUUGUGUGAAGAGAUGUGAGGAAGAUAUAUCUCUUAGUCAGACCAAAGGCUGACAAAACAGCUAGUGAGAGAGUGGCAGAGCUCUUCUCAUCCCAGUGCUUUGACAGACUUCGGGAAGAGUACAACCCUGAUAGAGAUGAGGAUCUGAAUGAUGCUUUUUGGAACACCAAAGUUUUCCCAAUCCAAGGAGAUAUCACUGAGGACAAGCUUGGGCUCACACAGGAGCACUAUAGUCAGCUAGCUUAUGAAGUUGAUGUGGUGAUCAACAUUGCUGCUUCCUCUGAUUUCAAGAUGAGGCUUGACCUGAGCAUGAAAUCAAACGUGAUUGGAACAAUGAAUGUAUUUGACUUCGCAAAGCAGUGUAGCCAUUUAGCAGCGUUUUGCCAAGUCUCCACUUGAUAUGUCUCAGCCAAUCUUCCAGAGGGAAAUAUAGUCGAAGAAGUCCAGCCUCCACCCAAAGGAGUUGACCUCGAAAUGCUAGUUGAGUCAAUUAUUAAGUUAGACCAGCACCAGAUUGUGAAGAAGGAGAGAGAAAUUAUUGGAAAUCAUCCUAAUACUUAUAUGUUCACCAAGAAUAUUGCUGAACAGCUGUUACAGCUCAAAAGAGGAGAUAUUCCAUUGACUAUCGUGAGACCAUCUGUUCUCGGAGUUGCUUAUAGAGACCCAAACCCAGGCUGGGUCGAUUCCAUCACAGCAGGCACAGCAGUCUAUUUGUUAGUCGGGUUAGGAAUCAUCAAAGAGUUUAAUUUUAAUUCAUCUUUGAUUGGCGAUAAUGUGCCUGUUGAUUAUUGCUCAGAUCUCAUUAUUGCAUCAACAGCAGAAAUUAUGCAUCAGGAUAAGCUCAAGGUGUAUCAUUGCUCAAUUAGUAGCAGAAAUGCUAUCAGUUGGGGGACUGCAAGGGAUAUCAGUCUCUCUGUUCUCUCCAGAAAUCCUUACCAGAGAAGGAUUAGUGAGCCAAAGUAUGAUAUGAUUCGUUCUCCAGCAUUGUUCAAAAUCUUAUUCCUCAAGAGGGAGAUACCGACAUAUUUCUACUACUAUCUGUCAAAAAUGAUUGGAAACCCUAAAAUGAACAAGAAUGCUUCUAAAAUGAUGAAGUUAUUGAAAACUAUUAAGGAGAGGCAAGUCGCAUUCAAAGAUACUAUUAAUAAGGAAUGGAUAUUUGAAUCCUAUAACAGCUUCCAGCUCAAUGCAACUCUUUCUCAAGAAGACCAGCUCUGAUUUCAGUUGGAUACCAUUGGGAUUGACUGGAAACUAUACAUUAAGCUCUUUUGGUAUGGGAUGAGCAAAUACAUCUUGCAUGAAGAGUCGGAGCUACCCAUCACUGGUCGGAGAAACUUUUUGCGUGUGAGCGACACUCCAAAAUCUCUAUUUCCAGAUCUGAUGUAUGUCUUCAAGCAUGGGCAGGACCAGCACACCCUAAGUCAUAAGGCCAUCACCAAGGAAGUGCUUGCCAGCGACCAAGUGCAGAGGGUCGUCCGCCAGCUCGUCGCUGACGAGCUGACAACCUCUGCACUGAGCGAGGCCAAGCUGUUGAAGGUGCAGCAUGAGAAAGGAGUGGCGAUAAUGGACAGGAUGGCAACGCAGCUGAGUUUUAAUAAGAUGAGGAUGCUGGGAUAUGUCAUUCAUAAAGCUUUUAAAAACAUGUACGAAAAUGUCGUAGUUGACGAGAAAGAUAUGGAGCAGCUCAAGUUACUCAAUGAGAGAGAUGACUGUAACGUUGUCUAUUGCCCAACACAUCGUUCCUACGUCGAUUUCAUCAUUCUGUCAUACGUUCUCUAUGCACAUGAGAUCAAGGUUCCUCACAUCUGUGCUGGUGAGGACUUCCUCAACAUCGCAAUUGUGCACACCUUCUUAAGGAACUCGGGAGCGUUCUUCAUGAGAAGAACAUUUAGAGGAGAUCCUCUGUACAAGGCUAUCUUCACAGAGUACGUCCAGAAUCUCAUGAGGAGUGGCCACUCCCUUGAGUUCUUCCUGGAAGGGACCAGAGCAAGAGGAGGGAAGAUGAUCAGUCCGAAGUUCGGGCUCCUCAAUGUCCUCUCUAAUUCGUAUUUUGAUGGCAAAGUUCAGGACCUGUACUUUGUACCAAUUACUCUGAAUUACUCUCGAGUGUUGGAAGGUGAAACCUUCCCACUUGAGCUCCUUGGAGAAUCCAAGGUCAAAGAAUCCCUCGGUAGGAUCAUCAACGCUGCUAGAUAUAUCUACAUGAACUUUGGGUCGAUUUAUGUGGAGGUAGCCAAACCUGUCAGUUUCAAGGAAUAUGCUCAAGAGAUGAUCGUGAAAGAAGGUCUCCAGCCUACCGUGAAUAAGAGCGAUAUCAAGCUUAUAACAAGUAGCCUGGGAUGGCACUUGAUCCGGACUAUGUCGGAGAAGGUCGUAGUUAUGCCAACUGCCAUCUGCGCAUCUAUUUUGCUGAUGCAUAGGAAAGGUAUCAAUAGCAAGGAACUGACCAGACAAGUUGAUUUCUUGAUUAAAUUGCUCAGGAAAAGACAUAUUUUACUCACAGCUCAUUCUAAUAAUGCUGAGACAUGCGUGAAGAAAGGUACAGACCAUUUGAACGAAACUGUUAGUAGGAAGAAGGAUAUUUUUGAGCCAAGAGUCACACCAAAGGUUGACUACCAGAAUAUUUUACUCCUUGCAUACUAUAGAAAUAAUCUGGUCCAUAUAUUCAUUAAUGAAGCUCUAAUUUCUUGCUCAUUAUUUGGAUUUGGGCAAGAGAUAGCCUGGAAUGAAGGGGUCACAAGAGAGCAUCUGUGGGAGAAGGUACAGUUUAUUAGCAAUCUUCUAAGAAACGAAUUUGUCCUUACAAACAAUUUCAAGACGUUUGAGGAUUACAAUAAAGUCUUAGACUUCAUGAUCAAAGAGAAGACAAUUUCCAAACUAGAAAAUGAGAACUUAGUUAUUUGUUCGACUGGUGAAAACCACAUUAAUUUCUUGAACUCUUUAAUCUGGCCUUUUAUUGACACUUAUUGGAUCACAUUCAGCUUCUUCUACUCAUUAUUCCCGUCAAAGUUCAUCAGUGAGGGAGAGAUGAUGCCUCAGAUUCAGGCUUUUGCUUCAAAUUUAUAUGAAGAAGGAUUCAUCUCCUUCUACGAGUCGCUUAGCCAAGAGGUCAUCAAAAACGCAGUGGGCACUUUUCAGGCUGACCGAGUCAUAGUCAAGCAGAAACUAGAGAUGACCAUUGAUGGUGUAAAGACCGAAAGCGUGUUCACCAUGGGCGAUGAGUUUAAUGAGGAAGAAAGAAUGCAAGAGAUGUUCAAGGUCAUUCAGCAUUUUAGAAAAAGGACUCUAGGAGAGACUCUUGAUAUUCAAAUGGUAGCAAAGAUGAGCAGGAAGGGGCUAGAGCAAGCUAAGAUUUAGGGUUAAAAUCAGUAUUCA